AUGCUGGAGACCCAAAUCUCUCAAAUUGUCCAACCAAGUUCUUCAUCCUCCCCUUCUUCAUAUUCUUCUUUACCUAGCCAAGGUGUCAACCCCAAGUCUAUGUAUGCCAUUACUACUAGAAGUGGGAAGAUCCUAGAGAGUGAUUUAAAUGUUGAGAAGAGUUCCGAUAUGAGGAUAGGACUUGAGGUUGAGGAUGAGUCAUCAAGAGAGAGUGAGGUUCUAGAAGGAAGUUCCGAAAAGAAUGAGAGGGGUGAGAAAGAGAAAGAGAAGGAACCCGAAAAGGAGAGCACCAAAGAUCAAACACCUUUACCCCUUAAUCUCCAACCUAGGAAUGAGAGGUUGCCUUUUCCCAAAAGAUUUGCUAGGUCUAGGCUUGAUGUCCAAUUCGGAAAAUUUUUAGAUGUAGUAAAGAGCUUGCAUGUUUCUAUACCCUUUGUGGAUGCUAUGAAAGAGAUUCCACACCACUCUAAAUUCCUAGAAGACCUCCUGAAUGGAAGGAGAGAAGUCAAAACCGUUAGCUUAACCGCAAAUUGUAGUAUUAUUCUCUCUAGUAAGCUAACAAACAAAUUUCAAGAUCCUGGUAGUUUUUUCCAUCCCUUGUUCUAUCAAUGA